AUGCGCGAGUGCCUGUGCUGCAAGUGGGGAGAGGUGGACGACCCUCCCGAGGGAUGGAUAGAAAAACCGAUCUCGAUGAAGAUAUUCAUGCAGGUCCCUGCGCUGGACGGCGGAGUCAGCCCCCUCAAUGCGGCGGAUGCCAGGAAGAGGAUCCUGUCGAUGGCCAGCGACCGCCUGGAGAAGGGGCUGUGCCCGGGUGUGGUCGCGUGGUGCGAGAAGUGCGAACGGGUGACUCCGCUGGUGCGCCGCGGGUGGUCGGACGCGGGGGAGGCGAUCCUCGACAUGCUGGAGGAGGCGCGCAGGUUCGACGUGAUGUACCGGGUGGAGAGGUCUGGCGGGAGGCACACGGCUACAAAAGAGGGCGGGAAGAACUUCACCAAGGAGCGCAUCAGGAAGGAUGUCGGGAAGGAUGCCGGGAAUGAUGCCGGGAAGAACGCCGGGGAGGAGGCCGGGAAGGAGGACCAACCUGGAGGUGAGGGUCUUCGGGGAGAACCGCAGCGGGACCGCCGUGCCACCCCGCUGAGCCAGCUGCAGGGUGACCUGAUGUUCUGGCCCGUGCGGGCCGCGCCGGGGAACUUCUUUGAGUCCAGCUACUCCCUCUUCCAUGUGGGCUUCAAGCCGCGGAGGAGGACGGAGAACGAGAGGGAGGUGGUGCGGGAGGCGCAGAGCAUCUCGCUGGAGCCUUUGCAAGAGAUACGCUGCCGCGGCGGCGUGACGCUCGUGAUCCAGUCCUUCCGCCCCCAGCGGCCUAGAGCCUCCGUUAGCACCGGGAUCCGGAAGGGUCUGGUGGAGUGCGAAGUCAGGAGGGAUUCAAGACAGGAAGAAGAAGAAGAGGAAGCGGACGCGAGACGGGUUCCCGCGGGCGGAGAGAUGUCGGAGGGCGACCACACGCAUUCGGGCAUGCAGGCACUACAGGGGUCUUCCUUCCAAGGGUCUUCCUUCCAGGGGUCUUCCCUGCAAGGCCAGCCCUUCCAGGGUACCCAGCAGUCAUCCAUUUCGCAGACCCCAGGGAAUCCGGGCCCGGGCAAGGUCGUCGACUCCAAGGGCGAGGUCAGGAACUUCAACGACAUGACCCCCGUCCUGCAGCACAUCAAGAGCCUGGAGGAGGCCAACCAGAAGCUCCGCGCGCAGAUGGAGGAGCUGAUGAACAAGAACAACAAGCUCAGCGAGAGGACGAGGCACGACAUGCAGAAGGUACUCGACACCGUCAUGGCCAAGUUCGGCGACGCGCUGGAGAGCAACGACCAGGGCAUGAAGGAUAGGCUGCUCACCGGUAUGAAGCGCCUUGUCGAGAACAGCGCCGAGGACAACGGGGUGUGGCGCAUGAUGGUGUGCGCGUCCAACCUCUACGAGCGCCAGACCCACGAGCUCGACCAGCUCAGGCUCGAGAACAACGAGCUCAAGGAGCGCGUCAACGGGACCUUCAGCUCCGAGGCCGCGAGGGUCGGGGACAAGCGCAGGGCGACCGACGAGCUCGAGCGCCCGCCCGCCAUCGGGGGCGACAUCUGGAACGACUUCGCCAUGGCGUUCAAGGAGGAGGGGAUCUAG